AUGGUUCGAGGAUGUUUUUGUGACUGUUUCGGUCCAAUGGUACGAGGUCGAGCUGCCAGUAUCGACAAACCACUUGACCCAGAAGACGUCAAGAAAUGUCUACAGAAAUUUCGUGCUUAUGAAGCACGGCAAGAGAUUAUGGUGUCAGAACAACAACGUCCACUGAUACCAACCAUCAGCAGUUCAUGUGCAGCUCCAUAUGAUAGCGCUGUACUACCGUCAGCUCCACCUAUUAAUUUCUCCUAUCGACCACCAUCUCCACCACCAUCUUAUAGCUCUGUUACGGGCAGUGGUGUCGACCUAUCCUCGUCUGCAGCACAUUCACGACUCUAG